AUGCCUCCCUCGACUCGGAUCGGGUCGAAGCUCGAGUUUGUCAGCGUGAGCCACCCAGAUGAGGUCAAAAACCAGCACAACAAGCGCAAAAUUCAUCAGCAUGUGAUGAAAGAUAUAGGAUUAUCAAGAAGGAAGAGCACGCUGAGAAGGAAGUUAAGGAACAAGCCAGACAUUUCAAAGAAUUUGGCACUUCAUGAAACCCAUGCGGCAUACACACUCUUCCAACCAGAUAAUUAUUGGCACGAUGCGAUAACCCAGUCAUCAAUGCAGCUUCUUGAGCCAGGCGCAGAUCGGACACUCUACUCCAGGACUGACACUAGAGCUAAAAUGAUGGAAGCCUUUCUGCUUCGGCCAAAGUCGUCCAUAUGCGACAAGGUCAGAGAGAUGUGUUUUGCUAUCGGCCUUGUCGACCAGGCUACUCUGAAUCUUGCACUUGCGGAGACCGCCCUGUAUAGCAAUGAAUAUACAGGUGAUAUGCAUUCUGGGCGAGAAGAUUCAAUUGCGCUGAAGCACUACAAUCUCAGUCUACGUUUCACGAGCCAAAAGAUCCAAACUUCGAAUAGCGUGCCUUCUGAUGAAACUUUGAUCACUGUUAUAGGUCUUGCCAACUACGAUGUAAAGUCGAACGAUACAGCACCCACCUGGCAGGCUUAG